AGAGAGUUAUUUACUUGAUUUUGCAAACUUCAAUGGCCUUAUACGUAGACAAUAGUUAUCACAAUAAUUUAUUUUAGAGAUUCUAUAACAAGUUCAUAACGCGUAGUUACAGCUCCUGGUCUAGGAAAGCUCGCCUGCAGUACCUACCUGCGCGACGCCCGGGCGGCCGGGCUAGGUCUAGACUACUCUGGGCUAGGUCUCUCUGAGGGCUAGACCGUUCGCGGGGGCUGCACGUCGGCGCAUCCUUGCGAACUGCGCAGCUCGCGCGCCAACUGCGUAGAACCAUGGAUGACGCCAUGGAUCUUUCGGAGAAAGCCGGGGUUCGUCCCACACCUGUUGAGAAGGAGGAAGCUGGCGCCAGUUGUUCUGCGCAGCUUGGGGAGGCGAUGGCGGUGGAUGUAGAGUGCGUGUCGCCCGACGUGUUACUCAUGGUUGAGGAUUGUAUGACCAUUGAGAUCUCAAGUUCCGACGACGAAGACAGCGGAGUCCAAAUAUUGCAAAACGAUGAUAACCAAGCCCCAUUGCUCCGGCUAGCUGAUAACCGAGCCAACAUGUUGAAGCAGGAAGAUAACCAAGCCAACAUGUUGGGGCAAGAAGAUAACCCACCCAACAUGGUUAAGCAAGAAGAUAACAAAGCCAACAUGUUGGGGCAAGAAGAUAACCCAGCCAACAUGUUAGGGCAAUGUGAAAACCAUGUCAACAUGUUGAGGCAUGGUGGUAACCGAGCCAACAUGGUAAAGCAAGAACACAACCAAGCCAACAUGUUGAAAGAUGAAGACAACCGAGCCAUCAUGCUGGGGCAAGAACACCUCGAUGCCAACUUGUUUUGGCAAGGUGGCAACCAAGCUAACAUGGUAAAGCAAGAACACAACCAAGCCAACAUGUUGAAAGAUGAAGAGAACCGAGCCAUCACGCCGGGGCAAGAACACCUCGAUGCCAACUUGUUUUGGCAAGGUGGCAACCUAGCCAACAUGGUAAAGCAAGAACACAAUGAAGCCAACAUGUUGGGGCAAGAAAAUAACCCAGGCAACAUGUUGGGGCAAGGUGGAAACCAUGUCAACAUAUUGAGGCAAGGUGGUAACCGAGCCAACAUGGUAAAGCAAGAACACAACCAAGCCAACAUGUUGGGGCAAGAAGAUAACCCAGCCGAAAUGAUGGGGCAAGGUGAAAACCAUGUCAACAUAUUGAGGGAAAGUGGUAACCGAGCCUACAUGGUUAGGCAAGAAGACAACCAAGCCAACAUGUUGAAAGAUGAAGACAACCGAGCCAUCAUGCCGGGGCAAGAACACCUCGAUGCCAACUUGUUUUGGCAAGGUGGCAACCAAGCCAACAUGGUAAAGCAAGAACACAACGAAGCCAACAUGUUGGGGCAAGAAGAUAACCCAGCCAACAUGUUGGGGCAAGGUGAAAACCAUGUCAACAUAUUGAGGCAAGGUGGUAACCGAGCCAACAUGGUUAAGCAAGAAGACAACCAAGCCAACAUGUUGAUGCAAGAUAACAACCAAGCCAACAUGUUGAUGCAAGAUGACAACCGACCCAACAUGUUGAUGGAAGCAAACAAUGGAGCCAACCUGUUGAGGGAAGAAGAGAAUCGAGCCAACAUUAUGAGGCAAGGUGACAACAGAGCCAAUAUGUUGGUGCAACAAGACAACCGGCACAUGUUUUUGACUGAUGAAGAGACGCGAGCUAUCUAUUUGCAACGUGCCCAGAAGAUGAGUAUGUUGAACAGGCAGCGGUUACGUUGGGUAUAUAAUCGGAUCAUGACGAGUGGAACGGAUACGGAACAAGAGGAUGCUAUCACACGUCAAAUAAUGAAAUUGAUAGACCAGGAAAUGGAAGCAUUUCUGAAGAUGCCACCGUAUUCGCCACCAGAGGUACCAAUAAAGCAGGAACCGUUGCCUCAAGUACAACCAAUACAGCAGGAACCGUUGGCUCAAGUACAAAUAAUAAAGCAGGAACCGUUGCCUCAAGUACAACUUAUACAGCUGCAACCGUUGGCUCAAGUACAAAUAAUACAGCCGCAACCGUUGCCGUUGCCACAAGCACAAAUAAUACACCCGCAUCAGUUGGCACAAGUACAAGUAAUACAUCCGGAACAGCUGCCGCCACACCUACAGUUGCAGCUGCAGCAACUGCUGCCUCGUCCUGCUGCUGCUGCUCCAGGCCCAGCACAGGGUCCUCAAACGCCUCGAUUACAAGCGCGCAAAAGGGUCAAGAGAGAGAGUCAGCAACAGCGACCGCAGCAGUCAAAACCAGAUGAUCGUAAGGCUCCCGCUUCAUCCCCAGGACAGUAAGGAUUGAACUGAUGCCAGUGCCAGGCCGCUGGACCCUACACAACAUUUCACAUCGCAUUAAUAAUAUAAUUAUGUAUACAGUUUUGGCUUGGAAACCCUCAUUAAAUUUCUAUACCGAAUACCAGUUUGAACUGUGUUGAUCACACAAUCGAUAGUACCUUCCAAUAAUAUUGCAAAAUAGUGUCUGUUCUAACAAAUAUACGCUAUGAUUACAUAGGUACUUAAUCAUAUAAAUUAAUUCAGGAUGUAAACGAAAACAUAUUAUUUUAUCGUGCUCUCUCGAGGUUCUUUAAAAUACGAAUUAAGUACUUAAAUAACAAUUUUUGAAUUUUUUGUUAGUUUGUAGUUAUUAUACAUAUUUAUAAAUUAAACUACAUUAAUUUUUAACAUGUAAACUGCACUUAAUCAUAUUCUAUGUAGGUAUUAUUCGCUCCAUCCAAAGAUUAUGUGGCAGAUAUCGCUUUAAGUGAUGAGACCACCUUUUGGACCCUAAUUAGGUAAGUUACAACUUGUAAAACUGUAAACUGUGUAAAACUAAAUUUUAUUAUUCUUCUUGGUGUACAAUUAUAGGAUAAGUACUUACUUAUAAAAAUUAAACUCGUAUUAGUGUUGUGUGAUAAAUGUGAUAAUCUUACAAACUACGUAUACCUAUUGUAUUAGUAUUUAUUGAAACAUUAAAUUAUUAAACCUAUAUUUAGAUGAAUAUUUACUUACCUACUGAAUUAUGAAUUUAAUAUCGACUAUAAAACAAUUUCUUCCCCGUUAUCGUUAUUUACACGGAAUCUCCCUACAUGCUAAAGCAUCUUAGACUAGUGAAUGGAACAAAAAAUAUAAAAAAAAAAAACAUUUUUUAUGGCUUUUUGUUUAUCUACAUGUACUGAUUAAUGUUAAAUACGUAACUGUUUUAAAAUUAUUUAUUGUAAACAGAAGUGGUUAAUGUUCUAGAAUUAAUUAGGGCUUUAUCAUAAAAAUGCAAAAUAAAUUAUGCUGCGUCUUUCAGUGUGUUCUAUUACGUUCGUACAUUUGUUCAUUGUGUCCUCAGGAUUUAUAUGCCCAUAUAUUUUCUGGUUUGUUACUUCAAUUUUGUCUCUUUAUAUACAAUUAAUGUAGUAAUAACAAAAUAAAAAAAAUAUUUUUAGCGUGAUCAGUUUAUAACUUGUGAACAGAUAUUUUGGUUUUACUAUAAUAUACUAUUGUUCUAAGUUAACUUAUUAUUCUAAGGAUUUACUCGAUUCUACGGAAUCCACAGAUUACUGUAUGUCAAUAAAUGUUGUCAAGCUGUCA